GUCUUCGCAUUGGCUGGCAGUGCGCAGUUUGCAUAUGGCUGGCAUGUCCGCUGCUUCUUCCGGGUUUACUGACGAACCGAGCGGUACCAUGAAGGAGGACGACCUGGAGCGGGAAGCUGUAGAUGAGCUUCUUAAGGAAGCAAAACGUGGAAAGAUUCGAUCUGAGACUAUGGGAGCAAUGGGAUGGAUGAAAUGUCCACUUGCAAGCACCAAUAAACGAUUUCUAAUCAAUACUAUCAAGAAUGCAUUACCACCAUCAAAGGAUGAAGAUCAGAGAAGCAAAAGAGACCAAGAUGAAACAGAGGACGACAGAAAGGAGAAGAGACAUUCAAGAACACACAAAACACAUCCCUAUGAAAGAAGUGGUCAGUCGCAGAGGGAUAAAAGCCACUCUUCUUCUGAGCACAGGAAGAGAAAUGAGCAUAAAGACCACAGUGACCCAAAUUCAAGAUAGCCUUGGAUACUCUGUGUAAUAGGCACGAACUGUUAAAUGUACUGUUUGGAAUAUGUAGAAUGCUACCAAUACAAAAACAUUUUAUCAGUAAUAAGUUGAUAUUUUUUUUAUUUUUUUUCCCCCUUGGCUCUGACUGUUGAAUUUCUUUAGUGUUUCUCUUCCAGGAUUACUUGCACCCAUUCUUUUCCAAUGGGUUUCAAAUAUUUGGAAGUGAAACGGUUACUACCUGUUCCCACACCUUAUUGAACAACAACUUUGGUUAUUUCUCCUUUGUAGUAUAAUCACAGUUUGAGUCUCAUUUAGAAAGUUAUUUCGAAGUUUAAUUGAUAGAUGUUGUAUAAUGCGAUUGGAGUGUUGAAAGGUUUUCUUUUUCUUCUCUAUAUGGUUUCUAAUUAUUUGUAAGUAACAACACACAGAGAACCUGCAUUGAUGAUUAGACUUGUGCAAAAAUUAGUUUGGAGCGAUGCUUUUUAAUCCACACCUGAACGAAUCUAUCCAUCUCUGAUUUACCUGUGCUGUUUUAUGCACCGCAUGAGACUCCACAGGUAAAUCCCAGAUGGAUUAAUUCAGGUGUGGAUUAAAAGGAAUUUUAUUAAGGCUAUUGGUGACUACUUCUAUGUUGCACUCAGAAGAGCAGCAGUAUGCAUUUAUAAGGAAUACUGUUAUUUGUUAACUGUUUCAGGGUUUAUUGCUCCAGCAUUAGCCAUUUGGGGUUUAAACUGAGAUUGCAAAUCUGCCUUGGUCUCUUCCACUUGUAACACAGGUGUGUGCAGGGUUAACUAUUCAAGAUACAUCCAGUAAGUGGCAGUGUAAACCCUUUCGUGGACAGCUGUUCAAUACUUCAAAAUGGAACCGCCACUUCUAUGGAAAUUACUUAAUUGAAUAAAACAUUGGUAACAACAUAUAACUAGUGUUAA